AUGUUUUUCCAACAAUCCCACAAUGCGCGUAAUGCGGCGGACGAAGCCGACGAGAACGAAAUCGGCUCGUACUACCUCGAGACCCCACCGUGGGCCCACCCGGGGAAGAAGCGUUUCUCCACGGUCAGUGGCAUGAGCUCUCGUUCCCGUCGGACUACCGUCGGGAGCUCCGGAGGCACCGAUCAGAUGAGCCACUCCCGAUCCGGUAGUUUGGAAUCCACGCCACCACUCCGGGAUGCGAGUAAUAUUCUCCCCAUCGGUCCGGGGUUGUACCUCAGACAGGCUUCGAUGGCCCGUAGCAGUAUGGCGCAAGGCCGGCCCAGUUUCUCUAAACCAACCGGUAACCCCGCCUGGAGGUUCAUAAAGAGAGUCAUGUCCUCAUCCUUCGGUCUAUUCCUCUUCAUUCAAUCCUACCUCUGCAUCGGAGCGUUCUGUUUCAUGUGGAUGGAGGCAGCCAGAGAAGUAGAGCAGUGGAACCUGAUGGAGUCACUGCGGCACAAUUUGUCAGCCGAGUUGAACACUUGCUCGGGAAACGAAACAUGCCAUGUGGAUCUCCUUAAAAUUUGGGAGCAAAAACUUGUGAGGUUCCCGCCAAUUUACUUAGAGAUACAGGAAGGGCGAGUGUGGUCGUGGAUUCACUCUUACUACUGCAGCUUUACCAUCAUAUCAACAAUAGGUUAUGGCAAUGUCACGCCACUGUCGCCCCUCGGACGAAUGUUCGCCAUUUUCUAUGCAGUGAUUGGGAUACCCCUGAUGUUGUUGUUUAUAACCGAUAUAGGAAAUAAGUUCGCCCGCUGGACCAAAAUUGCCGUCAUCGCCUUCCGGAAGGGGAAAUACAUCUUUUGUCAGCGAUGCAAAAGGAGGAAGAAAAAGAAAGGGGAAGACGCUGACUCCAAAGAUUCCAGAUGUGAGGACGAUGAUGCUGAGGAUAAGAACAAUGAAACCUCAGGGAGAGGUACUCCUCAUAUUAGCGAUGUGGUCAAUACGCGGUUCAACAUCCCAGAGGUUCACAUCAACAUUGCAAUGUCAACACUCGACGAGGAGUCGUGUGAGGCUGAUACCACAAGAGGCGAUCGUGAGGUUGAGAUGAGGGGUACCAAGGAUUACGCCAAGUACGGGUUGGGGAGUCUGUACCUCGAGCAACAGCAGCAGGCGAACAGCGAGUACGGAGGUUCGAGUACUGGCUGCUUUAAUGAGGCUCAUCAAGACACUGAACCUCACGGUUCUGAUAAAGAUACACAUUUAAUAGCAACCGCUCCUCAAACCACCGAGGUACCAUUUGGAGGUACUGGCGAUCAAAGUGUUUCAGAAUGUGGGGAAAUAACGAAACCGGGUGUGGAUUUAAACUAUGACGACAGUGUGAGUGCAACGGACGAUGAUGUGUUUGUGUAUCAGAAUCUAUCGCCGGAAGAGGAUGCUGUUUGUCCAAAAAGAACACCAAAAGAUGACACUGCGAUGAGCGGCAGGCAGGGUACGGAGUUUCUAGCAGCGGAGAUUGCCGGUAACCCUGCCGUAGAUUGCGAGGAAAUAACGGUAGUGGUCGAUGAGAGCUUGGAGGAGGAAAACCCCGUAAGGACUGUUGAUAGUAGCGAAACAAUAGUGACACCAGACGGAACAGGGGAAGGUUCGGACGUACAUGAAAUAGUCGUUGACUCAAUGAAAUGUGAGAAAUGUGGCCAGUACUUGCAAAGUGAACAUGUUGUAGACCCAAAUGUCGACAACGGACGGUCGACGGCUGUUGGAAGCAGCAGGAGAAAAAGAAGGAAAGGAAUGGUCGAUAAGAUGCCGAAUACACACGCAGUAUUAUCGAGAAGUAAAUCGAAAUCUUUGGAGGAUAUUUAUUGCCUGAGAAACUCGACCGGGCGUGAGUCGAACCGGCCGUCGGUGAUGAGAGGAGGUACCGACCGGCGCACCUCAGCGCCCGGUGUGGUCAGCUUCCGAGCACAGCCCGUCCGGCAGAACGGUCGCUUGCCAAACCACAUCCAGGAAAGGACUCGUAGCGACUCUAGUGAUCUGGACCACGAACUUCGGCAUACCGACUACGACAGGGAAUACCGAGACCGGGCCGCGACCGAUUCGGGUGUGGCGUCGUCCAGCUCAAACUCCACCGAGUGCUCACCGAAGCGCCAGCCGUACUCAGUCAGUGUUGACGUGGCCGGUGGUGAAACAAUGGACUCGGGUGAUUCCGUCGACGAUGAUGACGUCGUCAGCGACGAUGACGUCAUGGAUUCGGACGAAGAGAAGAAGAUGAGUAGGUUCCGCCAACGCACUGGCGUGACGGACAGACGCAGCACCAUCGGCGAAUUCGCCCGGAUCUCAGAAGCCGAUAUCGCAAUGCUGAGCAUUCCGAUAUGGCUGGCGCUGCUGCUUUUACUCAUCUAUCUCAUAUUUGGCGCGGGGUGUUUUGCCGCCAUGCAAAUGUGGACUUUCCUGGAUGGGUUCUACUACUGUUUCAUCUCCCUCAGCACGAUUGGUUUUGGAGACCUUGUCUUCCUCCCGCAGAACGUCCACGCCGGGUUGGUCUUCUCCUUUCUAUACUCUUUCUUCGGACUCUGUUUCACCUCCAUGUGCAUGAGUCUCAGCUCUUUGGAACUCACGCUUCUGUCCAGGAAAAUAUCUGCAAAGUUUGGGGUGUACAGCGCCAGAGUCCGACUGCGUUCGGUGCGAUGGAAGAGUCGUAGACGGAGGGCUGUCCGCGGCCCGUCCCCAGACCCGAGGUAGCGUUAAUUAUAUUACAGACAUUAUACGGUUACUGUGGACCCCUUAGACUGGUGCCCUGUCUUUCACUCGUUUAACAGACCAAAAUGGUUGUCCAACGCAAUCAUACCAGUCUGAUUACACGUUUACUGUGGACCCGCUAGACUGGUGCCCUGUCUUUCACUGGUCUUACAAACCCAAUGGUUUCCCAACGCAUUCAUACCAGUCUGAUUCAUACACAUUAUACGAACACACACAACAUUGUGUUCCGUACACACUCUGUUGACAUUCCUUUGUUCAACACGUUAAAAACACUGUGUGGUCGUAUGCACGUGGACCUCUUUUGUUUUCAGGUCCCGGUUUCGUAUGCAGCGUUAAAAGCACUUAAGAAUUGUUAACCCCAUAGCAAAUUCAGUGGAGUUAUAACAAUGUUAGCGAUUUGCAUUAAUAUACAAAACUAUCCACCACAAACGAACUUUUUAAAGUUUGUGAACCCUUUUUUCGAAAACGUACGACGUUUUAAAAAGAUAAUGUCCUACAUAAUACGUUUAAUGAUGUUUCAUGUUUAUAUAGAAAAGAAAUUUUAACGAUUGUUUUAUACUCUUUUAAGCCAACGAUGUAUUAUGCCAUUAAUGUAUGUUAUCUGGUGCUGCGGUUCAGUUGUUUUAUUUUACCAAAAUGAUUAACCACAAGUUUAAGUUUUAAUUUUUCACUUUUAAUUGACAUUUAUUUUAAAUUUAAGACCAACGUUUUUCAAUGUUGAUAUUAAGUUUGAGCCGCUGUUUUCAUGUUUAGAGUAAACCAAUUUUGUUUGAAUAUUUUGAACGCUAGGUGGCAGCAGAAUAAGCCCAAGUGUCCAGUGUGUACGUAAGUCUAAAGUCUCAGUGCAUUAGGUAAAUCUGUUGCCACCUAAAGUGUCUAAAACGUCUUCCAUUAAACUGGACAUGAUGGUCUUUGUUUAUGUUUUAAAAUUUCAACCUCGCCUUAAAAACCUCCGAAUUUUCAGUUGGUGAAAAUACAAAAUGGCCGCACCAACCAGACGAGCAUAUUUUAUUUUGUUAGCCGUGUCCGAAUUGGUGCCUAUUUCAAAGAGCUGAUUUUCAAAAAGGAGCUAAAAUUAGGCUAAGCAGAAAAGGGUUAUAGCAAAGUUUACUACAUGUCACACGUCAUGUACAUUUUGAGGCUGCAUGGUUGGUACCCUGCUCGUAUCUGCUUAGCACAGAAAAUAAGCAGUACAUGUACUUUCUAUGCCGCAAUUGGGCAAUGUGCAAUGAAGCAAAUGCUUCAAAAUUUGAUUCUAAAUUUAAGCGGGAACUUUCUUCUAUUCUAAUAAUUUCACAGAUGCCUUAUUCGGGCACGGCUUUCCAUAGAAACAAAAUAACCUUUUCCCACCGUAUUAUUAAAGCAAUACCUUUCGAAAUGUCUAGUUUUUAACCCACCUUUCUUGCCUUCUACGACUCUAACAGUUGGUCUGGGUGGGAAGGGGGCGGGGAUUUCAAGAUGAACAGUUAGACUGAACGGAAUAGGAACAGUCGGGCUCCCUCUGAGGCAUUCACGGAAACACUAUACGAUAAGUCUAUGGACUAUACACGACAACGUACCAAACAUUGGUGAACUAUAUCUUAUAUUAUAUGUUGGUAUCCUAUAUUAUAUUUUAGUAAUAGUACUACAAUGGAGUGUAAUAACAUACAUGUAGUAUUAUCGGGUUUUUAUUAUAAAGAACAAGUUAUAGACACGCACAAACCGCUUGAUUUGAAAGAAAAGUGUCGGUUUUUUGUUUUUAUCAAUUUUUUUUUGAUGUUAUAUACCGUAUGGAGUUUUAAGCAUUAUUUAUUAAUAUUUUAAGUACUUGAUUUUAAUAAUUAAUAUAUAUAUCAUAGUAAAAACUGGGGUGUUCAAAUUUGAGACCAUGGUAUGCAAUGCUUUGCAUCCAUGCAGAGAACAAACCAAUAGACAAACAAAACACUAUUACCACCAAUUAAACAUUUAUACAGUCUGAUAUUGCGCACGUAUCUACCAAAAGGUACCCAACAAAGCGCUAGCAGAAACAGAAACAUUUUAAGACAUGUUUUUUGAAUUAUGAAAUAUGAAUCAAAUUUAUUCAGCAGCUGUUUGAAACACGAGGCAUAUACCUUCCCUUUAAUAGAUGGUUUGCAAUACGCGUCAUCGGCCGCCAUCUUUGAUGUAUUAACAAGGGAACCACAAUUAUGCAUGCAAUAGUAAACCUAUGAAAAUUUGAACUCAAUUGGUCGUCGAAGUUGCGAGCGAAUAACGGAAGAAAAAAAACC